AUGUCCGGAGACGCCACAGCUGGCACAAAGAGGUCCAAUGUCGAGUUCUGCACUCUGGGCAUGUUCAUCCUUGAUGAUAUCGAUUUCGAAGGCUCUCGGCCAAGUGUGAAGAACGUGCUUGGUGGCGCAGCUUCAUUUGCAGUCAUUGGCGCUCGCAUGGUAGCUGGCAAAGAAUAUUCGCGUUCCGUCAGCUGGAUCGUUGAUGUUGGCUCCGACUUCCCACCAGAGGUCUUGAACGAACUCAAAGCUUGGGAUACGGAUUGCACUUUUAGAGAAGACCCCGGAAGACUCACAACUAGGGCAUGGAAUGGUUAUGGACCCAAUGAAAAACGAGCUUUCAAAUACCUAACGCCUAAGUUACGUUUGGAGCCAUAUAUGCUCUCCGAUUCCCAGGUAUUAUCAAAAACAUUUCAUAUGGUUUGUUCCUCGGCCCGGUGUAUCUCGAUAGUACGAGAUAUUUUGCGACGCCGUGAAGAGUUGGAAAGUGCAGGAACGCCCUCUUCCGGUCGGCCUGUGUUUGUAUGGGAGCCUGUACCUGAUAUGUGCACGCCAGAGGAGCAGCAAAAGUUCCUAGAGGCAUGUCGUGAGGUCGAUAUUGUGAGCCCCAACGACCUAGAGUUGGGAAUGAUGUUUGGUCGACCAUCCUGGAGUGAGGAGAGUGAAUUCGGGAAGCGGAUAGCGGAGAAGAUCUUAGUCUCGGGAAUUGGGCUUCAUGGUGAGGGACACCUGAUUAUUAGGGCUGGGAAAGAUGGUAGCUACUCAUACUCGAGAGGCCAGAGGCUCUGGCUGCCCGCUUAUCAUCAACCGGUUGCCUCAGGUGAAUCCGCAGUUGUUGAUCCAACCGGUGCUGGUAAUUCCUAUUUAGGCGCUCUAGCCCAGGGAAUGAUAAGCAAAGGUAGAGACGCUGCUACGGUCGUUGACUCGGUGCUCGGAACAUCCGCAAAUUGGCGCAAUGCAACAACGACAGCUCAGGGAGAGCAGAGCUCGGUUCCAAUGGCUCUUAUCCUUGCCACCGUCGCUGCAAGCUUCGUUGUGGAGCAAAUUGGCGUUCCUCGCCAGUCUACUUCUGGGGAGGGGAAGGAACUUUGGAACGAAACUGAAUUCACGGAACGGGUCCGUCUGUACACACAGGGAUUGUAUCGAACACUCGAAGAAUCUCCUCGAAAACACUUGCAAAUGAACUGA